UGACAAUCUGUACAGAGUAGCGUCUGCUUUCACCUUCCCAAGCGGUUUAUCUAGCACAAAUGUGAAGAUUUGGCUCAUAAUUUAGACACAUUUUCGCUACAUUAUUUUUCGAAAUUGUGACGGCUCUCUGGUGUCAUUUGUGUGCUACCAUCUCUAAUGGAGAACUCCUCUGAUGACUACAGGAUCCAGGCCUUUGACCUGGACACGCAGAUGUUGCUGAAGACAGCCUUGAAAGAUCCAGGUUCAGUUAACCUGGAGAAGGUGUCCAAUAUCAUCAUGGAUCAGUCGUUCAAGGACCAGGUUUUCAGCAAAGAGGCCGGACGCAUCUGCUACACCAUCGUUCAGGCCGAGGCCAAGCAGAACGGGAGCGUGUUCAGGAGGAACCUGUUGAACCGGCUCCAGCUGGAGUUCAAGGAGCGGGAGGAGACGAGGGGGCGCUCGCUGCAGGAGUGGGUGUGCUUCGUCACGUUCAUCUGUAACAUCUUUGACUACCUCAAGGUGAACAACAUGCCGAUGGUGGCUCUGGUCCACCCUGUGUUUGACUGUCUGAUGAGGCUGGCCCAACCAGAUGCUCUCAUGAAUGAAGAGGAGGUGGACUGCCUUGUGUUGCAGCUGCAUCGCAUCGGAGAGCAGCUGGAGAAGAUGAACGCCCCGCGCAUGGACGAGCUGUUCUUCCUGCUGCGAGACGGCUUCCUGCUUCAAGAGGGACUCACCUCCAUGGCCCGCCUGCUGCUGCUCGAGAUCCUGGAGUUCAGGGCCGGAGGCUGGCUGCUCAGCAGCACCGCCCACAAGUACUACUACAGCGAAAUCGCAGACUAGGAUGUGCCGAGUGGCUGUUUGGCAGGUGCGUUAGCCAACCUUUGAGCACCUUGGAUACCUCCUCUCCUGAUUAUAAAACCAGCAAUUCUAAGAUGGACAUCCUCCAGAUAAAUCAGUGAAGGGUUCUGUGGAGCUGGCUGUUCAAAACUGGUCAAAAAGACUGCUGGAGUAUUCCCUGCGUUCGAUAAGUUCUCUGAGACACGGUGCCGUGGAUGUGGAAUGUGCAAUAGUUCACCCAGAGUUAAGUUAUGUUUACGAGGUUUAGCCACAUUCAGGUAUACUUUGUUUUAACGUUUGCUGACAGCUAAAGAAGCUGAAGAUCUUUUUAUUUUGUUUUAAUUAUCUCGCAGGCAUUCCUUAUUUUGUGAGAAAAGAUUUCAAAGUCUGACUUAGUUUUAACCAGAUCCGACGGGCUUGGAGCAGACAUUCCAGUCGGAUACGAGCUGAUUUGGUCUUUGCUUUACUUUUAUUGUUGUGUGACCAACUUUUUAAUUUAAUUCCAAAUCACAAUUUGACUUCUUUUGUUGAAUAUUUUAGACUAGUAUUAACAUUUUACAAAGGCUUUGAAAUACUCAGAGUAGUUUUCCAGUUGGAUUCCUGCGUUGCUGGUUUAGUCAGAUGAAGCAUUUUGUCCCGAGGUCAGGGAGCAUUUUUUUUAUAGAUUUUGUUGCAGAGAUCGGAAGUUGAACGUAAAAACUGCAUUUCCGCUGAUUUAUAAGUCAGACCGACAGUUUUCUUCUUUAACAAGAGCAGCAGACAUGUCUGAUUUGUUACUCCCACAAUCACUGGAGGAUGGCGUAUUUCCAUUUCACCAGCACUCACGUCACCAUGUAGCCCAUAGAUGUUAAUAUCUGAUCCAGCUUUAAGCUCUUCAGCUGCCACAGAAUCAGACUGACGAAACGCUACAACUGAAAUGUGUUUAUAAUGAAAGCUCGCGUCUGUUGAAUGUAAAUAGGCUUUAUAUAAAAUUGGCAGUCAGACAAAUCAACCUCGGAGUGAUUCAGAGGAAAAAUGACAAAUGUUGGAAAUCAGAAUAAUUUCACUCAAAGCCCAGCCGUGUUCAGGAUUUAAGAAAUGUUGUACUCCACCUCCGAGGCAGAGUCGCUUUACGCUGUAUGAAACUGAUCCUAACGAGGACGUUUGGAUGCUGUCGAUACUAAUUUUCCCUACAGGGCACAGAGCUGACUGCAAUAUGUGUUUAUAUUUUUUAUUAACUUGUUGCAACAUUUUUACAUUACUCAAUUCCAUUUUUUUUAUGGUUGGGUUUUACUUCAGAUGCGAUUGUAUUUGUUCAAAUAAAUUUUGAAAGUUUUUCCUUUA